CCAUCAUGAGCUUUGAUUCACGGAGAUCUGAACAUCUGGGAUAUAUCAUCUAUGUAAAGAGAGGUCUCGAUCUGAGGUUUCCAUCAGGGCCAAGAGAGCGAAGCAGACGACCGAUGCAACAGAUCGACUGCCCGUGAGAACACUCUGCUUUUCCAACGGAAUUCUUUAGCAAUGACGGUUGGUGAGGGAAGGACCUUGGAAGUGAAGAUCUCUGGAAUGAAUGGCAAGGAAGUCAUUCUGCGGGUGCCAGAGACUCUUCGGGGCUCAGAGCUGGUGGACUUGCUCGGGGCGAAGCUCGCAAGGGAUGUGGAUCCCGUCCCCAGUGCCCCCCUCAUUUUGCUGGUGGGAGAGAGGAGACUGUCCAUGUCUCGAACUCUGGGAGAACAAGGACUUCAUAAUCCCUCCAAUUUGUCCUAUGUGUUUACGAGGGCCAACGCGUGGAAUGCUUGGAAGGUUCUAUGCGGCAUCGAAUGCGAGGAAAGCGACUUUUGCCUUCUGGGGGUCAAGGAAAUUCGUUUUGACCGAUAUGCUGUCGACAUUCUUGAGGAGGUGCGCUUACCAAGCAGCCUAAAGCGUCUUGCUUUCGAAGGUGGAUUCAAUCAGAGCUUUGAGCGGGUGGAGUUUCCAGAGGGUUUGGAGAGCCUCACCUUUGGAGGCAACUUCAAGCAGAGCCUGGAGCGCGUGAGGUUCCCUGUAAAGCUCCAAGCUUUGACCUUGGGAAAUCUCUUCAAUCAAAGCCUUGAGCACGUAAAUCUUCCAGAAGGGCUGCGGAGCCUCGUGCUGGGCACUAGCUUCAACAAGUCGCUGCAACAUGUGAAGCUUCCCAGCAGUCUGGUCUCCCUGUCUUUGGGCGCUUCAUUCAAUCAAGACUUGCGGGAGGUAGAAUUUCCUCGAUCACUAAAGACUUUGGUUCUUGGCAGAAAUUUUAAUCAGAGCAUGGACGGCGUGAGGUUUCCAAUCUCUUUGCAACACCUUGAAUUUGGUUCGUGCUUCAAUCAGAGCCUGGAUCAAACUUUACUUCCCAAUUUGCUUUCGCUAACCUUGGGUGAUGAAUUCAACCAGAGCCUCGACGGCGUGGUCCUUCCAGAAACACUGGAGUUCUUGAUUUUUGGCGCUUGCUUCAACCAGUCCUUGUUGAAUGCUGAUCUACCUGCAUGUCUCAGCAGCUUGAAGCUUGGCAAGAAUUUCAACCAGUGCCUAGAAGGAGUCAAGUUUCCUAGAAAACUUCAGAGCAUAAUUUUUGGUCAGCGCUUUGACCAAACCUUGGAAGCAUCCUUUCCUGCAGAGUUGCAGAGCUUGACCUUCGGCGAGGACUUCAAUCAAAGCAUAGAGUCCGUUCGUUUGCCUGAAAAGCUUCAAAGACUAUGCUUCGGGAGAUCUUUCAAUCAAAGUCUGGAGAAGGUAGCACUUCCAAGCCUUCAGCAUUUGGUAUUUGGUUGGAGUUUUAACCACUGCUUGGAUGGCGUGCAUUUGCCCAAUCUGCGCACUUUGACCUUCGGAUCAAAUUUCAAUCAACCUCUACUGGCGGUGACAUUUCCAAAGCUUCAGACAUUGACGUUUGGGGAGAACUUCAAUCAGAGCUUGAAAGACACGAGUUUUCCAUCCACGCUCCGACAACUGACCUUCGGGUAUCGUUUUGAUCAACCAUUGGAUGUGGAUCUUCCGAAGGGACUUCGGUCUUUAAAAUUUGGAAGCUUGUUCAAUCACAGUCUGGAGCAUGUGCAACUUCCCUGCCUCGAAAGUCUGACGUUCGGCUUUUGCUUCAACCAGAGCUUAGAAAAAACACGAUUGCCCGACAGCAUCCGAUCUUUGACGUUUGGCUGGCACUUCAACCAGAACCUGCAACGCGUUCAGAUGCCUGCUCGCUUGGAGAGUCUGACCUUUGAGGGGAAAUUCAAUCGCAGCCUGGUUGGCGUGGAUUUUCCACAGCAUUUGGCCUCUCUGACCUUUGGAGAAAAGUUCAAUCAAAGUUUGGAGUGUGUGAAGCUUCCGAAGAACUUGAGGACCCUAACCUUCGGAGAUGAUUUUGAUCAAGCUCUUCAACAUGUAGCCUUUCCAGACAGUCUGGAAGAACUCACCUUUGGCGAGAGCUUUCAUCAAAGCUGGGAGGAGGUUGCUUUGCCUGCCAGCUUAAAGUCCUUGAAGUUUGGCAAACGAUUUAUUCCAAAGUUGGAAGCUGCAAAGCUUCCGGAAAACCUGGAGUGCUUGAUCUUUGCAUCCUCGGGUCAUGCUUUUGAUCAGAGCUUGCGGCAUGCGAGUCUGCCCAGCCACAUUCAGCGAUUGCAGACUGGGAGCAUUUUGGUGAGUGCCUAGGACAAAGGAUUUCCUGGCCUUUCGUUUCCGUUUUCUUCAGCUGCAAGAGGCUGAACUUAUCGUUCGCAGCUUGUGCAAUAGAUUUGGUUGCCGAGGGCAUGAAGAGGCUACAUUGCUACAUUUGGCAUAUUUUUAGAUUUUUUUCCUGAGUAUAUAGCGGCUUUUAAACACCAUGAGCAAAGGAAGCAGGUUCUAGUGCCAAGGAACCACAUGUGUGCUUCAUGCCCUACAACUGCAAGGAUUCGAAUCAUUUGGCUCGCCCAAGCUGCAGCGUGCCAAUGUGCACUGUUUCCCUGGACGCCAGUAGCUUGAACCAUCGCUCAAUCUGUGCUGGGCACCAGGAGUACUUUUGAACACAUCCCGAGGGCUGGCUGAAGUCCAAGCCGCCGUGGGGUUGACACUCUUGCCCGUUGAAUAUGUCUCAA